CGUCUGACAGACAUGAGUUAGCAGUCUAGUAUAUUAUAUAGAAGUCUGUGGAAGUAACUGAAGAUAAUGGUUGUAAUGACUGUAUAUAUCAGUUAGAAAUAGCUUUGUCAUCGUAUCUCACGAUUUCUCGACUUUAUCAAGUUGUGACCACAGGAUAAAGUCCACAGGCCAUUCGCUUAACUUUUCAGUCAAUCUCGAGUGUUCCGACAGUCUGGUUUACGGCUGCGCUACAACGUAGCAUCUUUUUCGUAUUUCCUUUGCCAUAUUUUUCCACCUACUACACCUAGACAAGUCUCACGACCUGUUCGUGCGUCCUAAUUGCAUUCAACAAGAUUUUGCAUUUUGAUCAACGAUCUCAGAACCAUGAAGAACGCAAACGUCUACGUGAUCGGUGUCGGGAUGACCAAGUUUGAGAAGCCCGGCAAACGGGAUAACUUCGACUACCCGCAGAUGGCUAAGGAGGCGGUGAGCAAAGCUCUCCAGGACGCGCGAGUUCCUUACAGCAGCGUGCAAGCUUGCUGCGUCGGGUACGUCUAUGGCGACUCCACCUGCGGUCAAAGAGCGAUCUAUGGGAUCGGACUCAGUGGAUGUCCCAUUUAUAAUGUCAAUAACAACUGUUCCACCGGAUCCACCGCUCUCCACCUCGCCAAGCAGAUCAUCGAAAGUGGAAACGCGGAUUGUGUGUUGGCAUUAGGCUUUGAGAAGAUGGAACGUGGCUCUUUGACACCAAAAUACAUGGAUCGUACAAAUCCUAUGGAUAAGCAUGUCGAGCUGAUGGCAGAUAUUGCUGGUAUUACUGAGAGCCCUAUGACUGCUCAAAUGUUUGGUAAUGCUGGCAUCGAGCAUAUGAAGAAAUAUGGCACAAAACCUGAGCACUUUGCAAAGAUCGCCUACAAGAAUCAUUUACACUCCACGAACAAUCCAUAUUCCCAGUUUCAAGAUAAGUACAGCUUGGAACAGAUUCUGAGCUCCCCAAAAGUAUUUGGGCCGCUGACAAAACUCCAGUGCUGCCCGACUUCUGAUGGCGCGGCGGCUGUCAUUUUAGCUAACGAACAGUUCGUCCGACAACAUCAUUUGGAGUCGCAAGCCGUUGCGAUCUUGGCGAUGGAGAUGUCCACUGACUUACCCUCAACAUUCAACUCUCGCUCGAGCAUGAAUAUCGUCGGAUACGACAUGACAAAGAAUGCAGCUGAGAAGGUCUUCUCGAUGAGCAGAUACAGACCGACCGACGUCGAUGUAGUAGAAUUGCAUGACUGCUUUUCUGUAAAUGAGCUGAUCUCGUACGAGGCCUUGGGGCUCUGUCCAGUUGGACAGGGUGGCAAACUGGUGGAUUCCGGGAACAAUACAUAUGGCGGUAAGUACGUAGUGAAUCCCAGCGGUGGUCUUAUCUCGAAAGGGCACCCUCUGGGUGCCACCGGACUGGCGCAAUGCGCCGAACUUUGCUGGCAGCUUCGUGGACAGGCCGGCAGAAGGCAGGUGCCGGGUGCGAAAUUGGCGUUGCAGCACAACAUAGGCUUGGGCGGCGCCGUGGUUGUCGCUCUCUAUCGCUUGGGCUUCCCGAAUCACGGGAUAGUGAGGAAUAACGUGAAUAUACAUGUGAGUCCGGAAGUAUUCCAAGCACAUAUGCUAUUCAAAACAUUGGAGAUCGCGAUGCAAGAGGACGAGGAUAAUUUGAUCGAGAAAAUGCGCGGUGUUUACGGUUUCAAAGUCAUAAACGGCCCGGGAGGCGCUGAAGGUUUCUGGAUCGUAGACGCUAAGGAGGGAAAAGGGAAGGUUGAAUACAACGGGAAAACCAAACCCGAUGUUACGUUCACGAUCAGUGACACCGAUAUGGUGGAUUUCAUUUCUGGGAAGUUGAACCCACAGAAAGCCUUCUUCCAAGGGAAGGUAAAGAUCCAAGGGAACAUGGGGCUCGCCAUGAAGCUGCCGGAUCUGCAACGACGCGCUGCCAAGAAGAUUGAACUGCUGCGCUCGAGACUGUAAGAUACACCAAAUUUAAAAUUUUCUGAUGAAAUCCUACAGCGCGUAGUCAUCAAUAUGUUAUCAUUCGAAAACAUAUGAAACAUUUUACAUAACUGCGAAAAUAUCUUGAGUAUAAAAAUGAUAAAGCCUUAUCUUUCGCGUAUACACUUCUUUGUCCGUUUGAUUAUUAAAUUAAACACCGUCAUAUGUAUUUGUACAUGUAAUCUUCAUAUUUGAAAAUAUCGAAUUCCUGAUAAAAUUUUGGUCGGAGAGAGCAAAUAAACGUUCGGUGAAAUUGGACUUAUAAAAGACCAAUAUAACACAUCCUUAACAUUUACUAGGUAUAUCAUAUUGGGUUUUUUUUAUCACAUCGUGCCGAUGCGAGUAACUCGAAUAUUCUAGUUACUGUUCUAUCAGUAAAUAAGUUAUUACUCCGGUCUGUGUACAACGUAUGUUCACGGAAACAAUUUUCAACGAAUGGUAAAUAUAACAAUUUCCAUACAUGAUAUUCGCAUACGGUACGAAUAUUCUAUACGUUCAAAUGCAGUAUGUGAAUUCAGUACCACAUGCACACGAGUAAUACUCAGAGAAAGAGAGUACAGGCAUACAUGAUUUAAAAUUCGGUUAAACAUUCUCAUCUCGUAUUAUAUUUUCAAAGUGCACGUCGCGUGCGUAUCUUUGUAAAGUAUUACGUUGCAAUUUACACAAGUCUGUAAUCUUAAACUAUACGGUAUCCCAGUAUAAUUACACAGAGUGUAUUCUUUCGAAAUUCUUUGUACCAAAGGAAGCAACUUUUUCCUUUAACAAAAUUAUUUUAGAACAAUAGUUUUUAAAUGAAACCUAUUUAACAUCAACAAAUUAUCUAACUAAAGAUUUUACUAUGCAAUUGUGCUGCAAUAUAUAGAUUUAUCAUUAUUUUAAAUAGAUUUAUUUUAUAUAUAUUUAUUUGUAUGCAUUUCUCUAACAUUUGUUGUAAAUGUGAAAUCGGCAAGGCUGUAAACACAGUAAUAUGAAAGGUUACAAUAGCACUGUUCUUUUUAGCUAUACUAUUAAACUAAUGCAAUAAGUUAGAGCGAGAGAAAGUAUAUUUGUUUCACUUUAACUUAUUGCAUUAGUUCAGCAGCUAAAAAGAACAGAUCAAAAAUUAAAAUUGUUUCUUUUGCUAUAAAGAAUCUUCUGGCACACUUUGUGUGUGAUUACUCUGAAACACACUGUACAGUUUUAAACUUAACAACUGUUUGCCUAAAAAUUAUUCUACACGAACGUAAAGAUAGAUAAAGAAAAUACUUUCAAGUGUACAACUUACAAGUGUCCUAUUAAGAUAGAAUAAUAAAACGAUAAAUUUGCUACGUAAACAACUCGAGUGAAGUGAAUCAUGAAUAUUGGAUGGUCUACCGACAGUGCAAAAUGACAAUGCCAUUUAACAGCGGCUCGUUAUUCAGCUGUGGUAAAUAGCAAAGAUAUUGUAGUGUCUAAUGAAAAAAAUAUUGUAAGUGUUCUAAUCGAGUCAUUUAAUACACGCGUAAUCAGCCGCAUUUUUUUAUAAUUAUGUUAACACGUUUUGGCGAUCAAAAUGAAGAUACGUCUGUCACUGGCUGCAUUUUGUAAAUUUCUAAUAUGUCGCUUAUAUAUUUUACUAUAUUAUUCUUGAACCAACCGUGUAUCGUUACGAACAGUAAAAUAUAAUUGCAUUAUCGCUCCCUGAGAUGAAAUUAUAUAUACAUUGUCAUAUUACAAAUACAGUUAUAUAAAUUAAUCAUAAACAGUACAUAUAAAUCAUGUUUCUACUCAUUAUCUAUUAUUCCAAAUAGACUAACUUCUUGGUGGACACUGCGCGUGAAAAAUGAUUUCAAGCAUAGAAUUCUUCCGUUGAUUAGUUAGAUAUUUCGCUCGAAACGGUGAUAAUUGAUUUAGUUGUAUAUAUAUAAAAUAUUAUAGAAAAGCAUGAAAUUUAUUGAAAUUUACGAUAACUAAAAAAAUAACACCUUAAUCAAUUUCAAGGUAUAGAUAUAUGCGAAGAGAUAUACAAAGAAAUAUACACAUACAACAGUCGUGUUUUAAACAAUAUUAUAGCGUUAUAUAUUUGUGAUAAGAAGUUGUUUUCGAAAAAUCUCAAAAAAUCUUGCUUUUCAACGAGAGCAUUCUAUAAUUGUUAAGAAUGAUUAUCAUUAUAAUUUCAAGAAGAUACGGAGUAGUUUCUUUUUAUAAGUAAAAAUUAUGGGAUUUUAUAUAAAAGUUUUAUAUUUUAGAUAUAAAAUCACAAAGAGAAGUGGGUUAUAUAUAUAGAUAAAUAUAUAAAAUCUAGUUUUAUACUUUUAUGUACACGUGUGGAAAUACAAAUUCCACGUUUUACAAAUACAGAGAUUCUAUCAAAGCCUUCGAAGCAUUCCGCUAGAAUAUUCAGCGAGAGACAAAUCCCACUGCAAUGUGUUUCGACUAUAUUAAAACGAUUAGUAGACAUAUAUGACCACACGCAUGAAAAUAUUGAGGUAUCGCUACGUUGUAUUUCCAAUUUACACGGAAGCUUUGGAACUAUUGUCUUCCCGUUCUCUCGCCUGAGCAAGAAACGAUAACUCCCGACGAUCAAGCACUGUUUAUCAAUGAAAAAAUUGCUAUCAAAUAAAUGUGUUAAUCUAUUGUAUACUAUCUAUUGUUUAUAAUUUUAUACCGUAUAAAAGGGAUCGGUGCAAUGUUCAAAGUGGUGUUGUAUGUUAAUAAAAGUCUGCGAAAAGCAA